AUGUCUAAAGAAAAUAAUAAUCUAAGGCUUCUCGGCUCACCAGUAAAUUUGACUUAUAGAAACAAGAGAAAAGAAGAUAGGAAAAAUACAAGAAAUCGUCCACGAUCUGCUCUACAAAACUCUAGUUCUCCGGAUGUUCCUGAAAGAUACAAGAGACCAUUCUCAGCGGACACCAAGGAUCGAGGACAAUCCACAAGAUCGUUUUAUAAAACUUUUAGUGCUGAUUUAUUGCAGUCGUACAAUAACUCCCCAUUGAGUGUGAAAGUACUCCCUCCCACAGAAGAUCUUUUGACCCAUUCAAAUGUUCACAUCACCAGAAAUGAAAGCAAAGAGAUAAGCAGCAACGCAUCCGAUUACGGUUCAGAAGACACAUUCAUUAGCUUAGGAACAAAGAUAAAAGCGAAAGCUCAAACCGGCUGCAAGAAUAGAAAUACGAAUCCAAAGAAUUUCUUAAAAUACAGGAAUAUUGCAAAGAAGGGUCGCAAAUCUAUGGAGAGUUUGAAUGAGAUUAAUGAUAAUUACGGUUUGGAGAUUACGAUAAAGGAGAAAUCUGGACCUCUAUCGCCGAAUAGGAAUAGCGAUUUUUUUCCAUCGAGAUCCUCGUCUCCAUGUCGGAAUAAGUCAUAUGAAUCCUAUUUCUUAGCCCUAGAAGAGGUCAGAAAUGGUGAUGGUAUUGUUGGCAGAGUGUCAUUCGCACCUGCUAAUAAUAAAAUUGGCAAAAAUCUUGAUAAUCCCCACCGUUUGGGUCUAACCAAACAACAAUUAUCCUUAGUAGAAGAAGAAUCAGCUCAAGAUAUUGAUAGCAUACCAUCUCAGAACACUGAUAACCUAUCAAUAAAAGAAACAUAUGACUGUAAGGAAAUAUCUAAUAUUGAUAUUAAUUACGACAAAAACGACAAGAAAACUUUAUUAGAAGAUAAUAAAGAUUAUAAUAGUGCUCAGAAUUAUAACGCAUUUUACGAUGAUAUCCACUCAAAUACGCCAGAUUCAUUCAACACUAGAUUAUCUAGUACAGGCAUACAUACAGAUUCUUCAAAAGAUUCUGGGUACCCAGAGAGUGUUAAUAAGGAACAUAAAACGCUGACUCAAAACUAUUUACUAACACCUACGCCUAAUUCAUAUGACUUUAACAGCAAAACAAAUCCGACUAAGAAUUCGGAAUAUUCCACAGAAAAUGAUAAAGCUUUUAAAACGAACAAUAAAUGGUCCGAACCAUGGAAUCACAGCAGAUUACUCUACAAAGAUUUCUUCUUAAAAAAGGAGACUCAUGUUCCCGCCCCACAGAACACUCCUACAAAAAAUGACGUUCAAAUCCCUGGGACGAACGAAAAUAUAGAAGAAGACACAGAUAAGUUGGAAUAUCCUACUUACCUUCUAAACAGUUCUACUAAAGCAUACACCUCAAAAGUUAUCGAAGAUUACAGAAAAGAACUGGAGGCAAUAAACACUUUGCAUGAAUUAACGGUCAAGGAUAUAAAAAUAGACCCAAUAUCCCCUACACCUCUUAGUAUAGACGAAAUGUUUGAACAACAUAGUAAUCGUUUUAAUGAUGGUAAAACAGAUUUGAGUGAAAACUCACAAGAAAGCACUAAUAACAGCGACAGUACUGACAAAAACUCUCUGAAUAACAAGAGAGAUAUAUCCAAAGUGCCAACGAGAGAGCUAAUACAAAAUUACUUCAAAGUCAAAGGUGAUUGUACAAAAGAGUUUCCGAGAAAUGCAAAGAAAUAUGAUAAGAAACUCAAUAAUAUAAAUCCGAAAUACGAAGAAAACUCCAGUUAUAAACAGUAUUGGAACAACAGGAAUGCAAAGAAUAGUAUAGAGAGGAGUAAAACUCCGGUUGAUGUGAAGAGCCAGAACAAGGCAGUAACGGCCAGAGCGCCAUCUAGCGCUAGAAUCGAAAGUGUCCAAAACGACAAAGAUAUUGAAUCAUGGAUGUCCCUAUCUGCUCCCUCACCCAGAUUACUAGAGACUGAUAACGUCAAAGAAAAUAUCACAGAACUUCCAAAAACAGAAACAGUUAUUAAUAAAAUCGAAGAAAAUGAAGCCGAAACUCAUAACCAAAGACCAAAAACACCAGAAGCUCCAAAACCAAAGGAGCUCGAUUCCAAAUCUACUAUCGUCGACAUUUACUCCAUGUUGAAGGAAAUUGAAAGUUUCGGUGACAACCCUGUAACGAAUAUCGACGAACCGAACGAACCGAAACCGAAACAAGAAGAUAGAUGUUCAACUCCCAAAGAUAACUUCAUGGAGAUCUUUGAGUUUCUGGAAAAGGUAGAACAAAGUGCGAACGAUGCUUUAUCAGUUGUAACAAACACAACACCGCAAACUAUACCAAAACUUGAAGCUCUUCUAAAGCUGCCACAAACAGAGUUAGCUCAGAGACUUGUAACGCUAUCGUUACAACUAGAAGAACGAUCUUGUUGUAUUGCCUUACUUCAAGAAAGUCUCGCCAAUCAUAAGGAACAGAUGAUCAACAAAGUUAGCAACCUCGAGAAACAAUCACAUCGGAACAUAGCCAAGGUUAAACAAGAAUGUGAAGAAACUAUCAAGAGACAUCAGAAUUUCAUUGAUCAGUUAAUAAACGACAAGAAGACUCUGAACCAUCGUAUUGAGCAGUUAGUUGAUGAACGACGCACUCUUGAAGAAAGAUGGAAGAGAUCCGCUCAGACGUUGGAAGAACGAUACAAGCUUGAACUAAGAAACCAACACGACAAAAUGGCCGCCGCUCAACAAGUCGCACGGCAGCGGUGGGUGCGUCAAAAAGCUGAGAAAAUUAAGGAGCUAACAGUAAAAGGACUGGAAGGAGAAUUACGAGAGAUGGCAGAAAGACAGCAGAAAGAGAUAUCUGAUCUGAAAAUGUUUCACGCGGAACAAUGUGGACGAAUGAGUGCUAAACACGCAAACGACUUAGAGGAACUUAGGAGGAGUUUGGAGGAGGAAAAGGAGAGUGCGUUGAUAAAAGAGAGGCAGUUGGCUAGUUCUAGGCUAGAGCGUCAGUUGCUUGAAUUGGAGCUGUCCCAACAGGAACAGCGAGCUCGGCUGGCGGAUGAACUGCGAGCGGAGGGAGAGAGACUUGAGGGAGAGAGGGCGGCCAGGGAGAGGGAGCAGAGAGAACAGAUGGCCAAAUGGAAAGAGGAGCAAGAGAAAUUGCUAGAUGAGAAAAAACAACAGAUAGAAAAAGAUAUAGCAAAGGAAAGAGAAAAAUUUGAGGAAGAAUUAAAGAAGAAACGUCUAGAACUUGAAGAAGAGUUCAAUCAAUAUAAGAAAGAGUACGAAGCGGAUCAGCAGGUGCUGUUAAUGAAGAAAGUGACAGAGAUAGCGACACAGCAUAAGUUAGAGCGAGACAGAGAGAUAGAGAGAGCUAUAGAGAGUAUGGAGAGUGAGGCUCAGGCUGGACGGAGAGAACUACAAGAGGCAUUGAGACGAAAUAAAGAACAAUACGAAAUCGAAUUGAAGGAGUUGGCUGAAACGGAACAAGCGACACUCAAGAGAUAUCAAGACGCGCAAGCUCGGAUUAGAAGCACAGAGGAUAAAUGUGAGAUGUUAAAAAUUUUACACAGAUAA